CAGGGCCCGAGCAGGCCCGCGUCGCCAUGGCGACAGCGCGGCGCCGCGGCCAUGGCGGAGAAGGAGAAGGGCCAGGAUGUCCUAGUAGCUGAAAUUGAGAAAAAGAUUACAGAAGCUUUUGAGGUGUUUGACCGUGAAUCCAAUAAAACUGUGGAUGUCAGGUUUGUAAAUAUAUUCACAAAUAUAUUACAGAAUCCCAAUAGAGAUAAACAGUUCCCUAAACUGCCAUCUGCUUUACCAGAAAAUGUAAUAGAAACAGUUCUUUUGGCCCUGUUUGGACAAAUAGAAGUAGAAGAACCGGGUGGAUUCGUUCAUCUGGGAAAUUUUCUUCCAGUGAUGACAAAAGUUCUACUUGACAGAAGAUUCCAACCUAUUCCAGAAGAUGUUAUUCUACAUGCAUUUGAGGCUUUGGAUGAGAAUAAAUGUGGAUAUAUUACCAAAGAGGACCUGGUCAAACAUUUGACUGAAGAAGGUGAGCCCUUUAAUCUGGAGGAAAUGGAGGACAUGCUUGCUGUUGCUCUAGAUCCAGAAACAGAUACUCUUCACUACAGAGAUUACCGUACAAAGCUGGUAGUAGACGAAACCAAGAACUUCCCUUUUAAGGUCUGGGAUGCCUUUCGGUAACAGCACCAUGGCUUGACAGAUGGUUGAAAUAUGGAUUUUCAAGUGUAACAAAGCUCAGCUUGUGACUUGGUGCUUAUAAUUAAAAUGAAAUCUGUGUAGUUACA